GGGAAUCACGAUUUAUAAAAAGAUAUUGAGCGAAUGAAUACAUUGUAUUCAGUUCCCAAACAAUCGGCCUACGCUAGACCGACCUCAUCCCACAUUCGUGUCGCUCAGUUUGCCACGGAGGAACAACGCGUGUGAGUGUCUAGCCGCACUUUGUGGUUUCUGUCAGUUCCUUUUAGUUGUCAAAUAAUAGAGUGCUUGAAACGUUGAACAUUUAACAUUCCAAAAUCAUAUUCUGAGAAGAUGGCUCCUAAAACAAAAGUUUACGUUGUUGGAGUUGGUAUGACUAAGUUUGAGAAACCUGGGUCUCGAGAGGAUUUCGACUAUCCACAAAUGGCCAAGGAAGCUGUUACCAAAGCCCUAGCUGACGCACGUAUCACGAUGAAUGAUAUUAAACAAGCGUGUGUUGGUUACGUGUAUGGGGAUUCCACCUGUGGACAGCGUGCCUUGUAUGAAAUAGGAAUGACGGGUUUGCCUAUCUACAACUUUAUGGAUCGAACAAAUCCUAUGGACAAACAUGUAGAGGCUAUGGCUGACAUAGCUGGGAUCAACAACACACCCAUAACAGCUCAGCUCUUUGGAAAUGCAGCUAAACAGCAUAUGAAUGAAUAUGGAACCAAGGAAGAGCAUUUAGCUAAAAUUGCAUACAAGAAUCACAAACAUUCAGUUAAUAACCCCUACUCUCAAUUUCGAGAAGAAUAUACCUUAGAACAAAUUAUGAACUCUCCUAGAGUUUUUGGGCCACUCACAAAAUUACAAUGUUGUCCAACGUCUGAUGGAUCUGCUGCAGCACUACUAGCAUCCGAAGAGUUUGUGCAUAGACAUGGUCUGGAGAAUCAGGCUGUGGAAAUAGUCGGAAUGGAAAUGGCAACAGAUUUGCCAUCAACAUUUAGUGAUCAGAGUUGCAUGAAAAUAGUUGGUUAUGAUAUGACCAAAGCUGCAGCUGAGAAGCUCUUCCAAAAGGCUAACUAUAAACCACAAGAUGUUGAUGUAGUGGAACUACACGAUUGUUUUUCUGCAAAUGAACUGAUAACAUAUGAAGCUCUUGGACUGUGUGGUCCUGGGGAAGCACCUGGAAUGAUAGAGUCCGGAAACAAUACCUAUGGCGGUGUAGCUCAGUGUGCUGAGCUGUGUUGGCAGCUACGGGGUUUAGCUGAGAAGAGGCAAGUUCCUGGUGCAAAACUGGCUUUACAACACAAUAUUGGCCUUGGUGGUGCAGCUGUUGUAGCUCUUUACCGAUUAGGUUUUCCACAAUAUUCCAGCUCUUCGAUUUCAGUUAAUUUGACAGCAGCAGCAAAUUCACCAGAUGGAUUCAGGGCAACUGCUUUAUUUAACGCAUUAGAAACUGCCAUGCAAGAAGACAAAGACAAACUGAUUGAAAAAGUUAGAGGAGUUUAUGCCUUCAAAGUUAAAAAUGGUCCAGGUGGCACAGAGGGAUAUUGGAUUGUAAAUGCAAAAACUGGCAAAGGAAGUGUUGAAUUUAAUGGUAAAGCAAAACCUGAUGUUACAUUUAUAAUUGACGAUACGGAUGUUGUCGACUUGAUAUCUGGUAAACUGAAUCCCCAGAAAGCAUUUUUCCAGGGCAAAAUAAAGAUUCAGGGCAACAUGGGUCUUGCUAUGAAACUUACUGAACUUCAGAGACGAGCUCAGUCUCGCAUUGAGGAAAUAAGAUCAAAGUUGUGAGCGGAAGUAUAACUUGUUAUCGAAGGAUAAAGAGCAAGAAGAAUAUAUUGUUAAAGACUUCAGAUAAUUCCAUAUAUACAGGGGCAUGGAUUUUAUAUAAAAUUAAUGGUGCUCAUGUUGGUAUAUCAUAUAAUAUUCAGUAUGAAUUGAGCAAGGUUCCAAGGGCAUUAUGGCUAUUUUGGUAUCUAUUUGUAUAUAAAUGGCAUUAUUUUAAUUUUAAGAGGAGAGAAUGUUUUUUAUUAACGUAUUAUUACCAAAUAUUUGUGAUGGUAAUAUUAAUUAGAUAAUAUUAUUGAUGUACAAAAUGAAUAAGAGAAAUAUAUUUUUGGUUUUUGUUGUUACAUUAUUUUUAAAUUAUGAUCAUAAAAACUUUCAUUAGAUAUCAUGUGAAUGUAUGCAUACAGUCUUCAUAAACAAAAUCUUACAACAAUUGAUAUGGCUAAACCCUGGUUUAAUAGUAAAUGUUAACUUCUAGCUUUUUCUACAUUGUGUGACCACCUAUGCUGCAAACAGGUCUACAGGACCCAGACAUUACAAAACACUUCCUUCUUAAAACUCAUUAGGAAAAUAUCAUAGUUUAUAAUGCAAUAAUAUAGCUAGAGAUAAUUUAGGAAGGUACAUGGAACAACAUGUUUCAUUGGAAGGCUUGAAUAUCAAUUUAUGCCAUUUUCAACAAUGAGGGGAGUCUAAAAACCUUUCACAAGAGAUUUCAACUAUUACAUUCAAGUUAAGCCUUUUCAAACCUUUACAUUUUUGCUAAGAAAACAUGUAGCUUGGUAAAUCUUCAUUUCUUUCACAAUAUGAGCAACUGUUUCCUUCAAC